UCUCUCUUCCAGGUGCUUUUGUCUGUCUUUCCUCGCCCAUCUUGAGCCAGCUGUGCCCUCUACCGACAGAUAAGAGUCUGAGCGAACAAUGAAAACUUAAUCAGAUCAGGGGUCAGAGCUCUUUACCGCCUCUACGGAGGUUUGAAGGGGGGCAGAAAAAAAAAAAAAAAAAAGAAAGAAGGGGGGGGAAAGCUGUGCGCGGCCAAGCGGAGCAGCAGCAGCCAGCCUUUCAAAGCCUUUUCACGGCGGGAUUUGAGCUGAGAGGCUCCCUGUAGUACCGGAGGACCUGCUCUGUUUCUCCUGGAGGACCAACCGGAGACGGAGCCGUUAGAGAAGUGCUGGUUUUCUUUUCUUUUUUUCUUCUAAGGAGUGAACCUGCGGACCGCGGAGGAAGCUCGAACCAACGUCUCUCACAUCUCAGGCCCUCCUCGGCUUUGUUUCUCUGGUCUGUGCCAUCUAUCUCGCCAUGGACAGCCUGCUGAGCGGGGCCAGUAAAGGGGCCAGUGCCCUUCAGACAGCACAGACCUCAUCACGUCAUAGAUGCCACUCGCUGUCUUUACCCCUGUAUGACUGACUGUUAGGGAAACAAUAAAGCCUAAAUUCCUCUUAGCUUGAACAAAGGAGCCAUGCAUCCGCUGCUGUCCCUCGGUGUCUUUUGGCUGCUGCCCCUGGCCUUGAUGCUGGAAGAGGACUCACCGCUCGACUGUGUCCCCCGCAGAUCUGUGCCCUAUCACAGGGACAACGCUCGUCUGUUUCGUGAGGAGGGCGUGUUCAAUUACUCCACCAUGCUGUUGAGAGAAGACUUGGACUUGCUCGUGCUGGGUGCCAGGGAGGCAGUGUAUGCGCUUGACCUCAAUGACAUCUCCAAGAAACAUGCUUCAGUUAAAUGGGAAGUGACACAGCAGCAAAAAGAUGAUUGUAAAAAUAAAGGAAAAGACCCAGAGACGGAGUGCUUGAACUACAUCAGGAUCCUGCAUAAGACGGAGGAUGACAGGAUGUAUGUGUGUGGAACCAACGCUUUUGAUCCAGAGUGCGACUACAUGUCCUAUUCAGAUGGAGAGCUGACUUUUGAGAAGACGGCAGAGGAUGGUAAAGGGAAGUGUCCGUUCGAUCCUUUCCAGAGAUAUGCUUCCAUCAUGGUUGAUAACGACUUGUACUCAGCAACUUCUAUGAACUUUCUCGGUUCUGAGCCCAUCAUGAUGCGCAGCUCUCCUAUCUCCGUACGCACCGAGUUCAAAAGCUCCUGGCUUAACGAGCCGAACUUUGUCUCCAUGGCUCAGAUGCCAGAGAGCGACAAGAGCGAGGAGGGAGAUGACGACAAAGUCUACCUGUUCUUCAGUGAGACAGCCGUGGAGUGUGACUGCUAUAACAAGCUGGUUGUUUCCCGUGUGGCCCGCGUCUGCAAGGGAGAUGUUGGAGGUCUGAGGACUUUGCAGAAGAAGUGGACAUCCUUCCUGAAGGCUAGAAUGGACUGUCCGGUGCUAGAGUCCCAGCUGCCGUAUAUUAUCCAGGACACAUACCGCUGGUGUGACCCAGAGCAGCACUGGAAGCACUGUCUUUUUUAUGCCGUCUUCACACCUCAGUCGGACACAUCAGACCUGUCUGCAGUGUGUGCGUACCGCGUGUCAGACAUCAGCAGAGUGUUUGAGGAGGGAAAAUACAAGAGCCCAGUCCUCGUAGAAACCUCUUUUGUUAAGUGGGUGAUGUAUAGCGGAGACGUCCCCAUCCCUCGGCCCGGAGCUUGUAUAAACAAUGAGGCCCGUAAAGAGGGCAUAACUCAGACCCUGGACCUCCCAGACCGGACCCUUCAGUUUAUCAGAGAUAAGCCCCUAAUGGACCAGACUAUCCAGCCAAUAGGGGAAAAGCCUCUACUGGUGCGAAGGGGAGCUACAUUCACACGCGUCAUCGUUAACCAAGUGCAAGCCGCAGAUGGCGAGAAGUACCAUGUGAUGUUUAUAGGCACCGAUAACGGUACAUUACUCAAAGCUGUGAACUACGAUGGAGAGAUGUUCAUCAUAGAGGAAGUGCAACUCUUCCAGUCAGCAGAGUCUAUCAAGAUUCUUCAGUUUUCUAAUGUCACGGGUCAGCUCUAUGCAGGUUCAGACUAUGGAGCAACACAGGUACCACUGGCCACCUGUGAGAGGUCCUUAUCCUGUAUGGACUGUGUACUGGCCAGAGACCCAUACUGUGGCUGGGACAAGACUGAUAAGAAAUGUGUUUCUGUUUCUAAUUCAGAAAGAGAGUUAAUACAGAGUGUGAAAGGAGGAAAUGCCUCUCUUUGCCCAGUAGCUGACCCUGUCAAGCCUGAGGAUAAGUUCAUCUGGCCGGGUGGUAACCUGAAGCUCAGUUGCCCUUCGCCUUCCAACCUGGCAGAAAAAAGCUGGGAGCGUGAUAACCGCCGCCUGACAUCCUCAGCUCGUUUUCAGCUUCUACAAGACGGACUGCUUAUUCUCAACUCUUCAGCUAGCGACACCGGUUGGUACCGCUGCUUGUCUGUGGAGCGCUCCAAAGCUGGCGACUACACCAGCACUGUGGCUGAGUACCAGGUCACAAUAGAUCCAAAAGGCUUUGGUAGGGACGGUUCGCCGCUGUCUCCCCAAGCACAGACUGAUGGCCCCUCUGUGGCUGGUCUGCAGGCUGUAGUUGCGCUCCUUGUGAUUGGACUUGUCGCCCUUUUCGCCUGGAACUUUUACAACGGCCACCUACCUCUGCCCUGGAACUGUGGAAAGAAUAGAGCACAACCCCAGGGGACCCAAGACCAGGAGGCUGUAAACUCCACUGUGACUUACCGAGAUGCUCUGCGGCCUGCACUGGCUGAAAACAAGCCUCUGGUGUUGGGAACGGACAACAACGGCAGGAACAAUAACCACACUGGUAGAGAGGCUGCACUCAAUGGUGCAGGGGAGAAUGAUGCCCCGGAAGUCAACCUGCCAUCUCUGCAGUACAUUGAUGACGAGUCAGAAAUUUGAGAAUGUCAAGCAAAGAUGCAGUUUUCUACUGAGUGUCAAGUGUUCCAGUUACCCCAAACCAUGUCUUACCAGACACACUGGAUAUAGCCGUUCAGCUGUAAUAUUUGAAAGAGGCACCGACAGCAAACAAUGACAGUCCAGGUGUUUGAAACCUUGUUCUGAGAGACUGUUAACUGUUGAGACUGAACACAACAAAAGAUUUUAUAAAUCUUUCGUCCAAACAUGAGAUACUAGAAAUUUCUUUUUAAAUACGAGUCUAUUUUCUAACUUUCCACUAAUUGUUUUAAGUCCAAUUAUAGAUUGAGACAACGUGUAAAGACUUGUACGAUUUUCACAGGGAAUGUACAAUAAAUGAAAUUGAGCCA